UCACCGCAAUAACGAAUUCUGGCUUAUUUUGUGUUGACGUUUCCAAAGGCUAUGAUUUAUAUCGUUGUGUAGAAAGUUGCCUAAAUGACUAUAAAAUAGAAAAUCCAGCGAUAGAUAUAAAUAUUUUACAACUUCAUUUUUGGGGAAAUUUCAUUACCCCAUUGAACAUAAGCGUAAACUAUGCUCAAACUCGUAAAGUUGAUUACUUGCUCUUUUGUUCUUUAGAAGUUUUUGUUCCAUUCCGUUCUUUUUUAAAAGUCUUAGGGCACAUGACUAAGGACUCCUUCGUCGUAGGAGUUGCUUUAUCUGGGCACAAGUUUUGUGCUGGGGAAACUGUCCUCACCGGACUUACUUCUCCUUGGAAUACAUUUGCUUUGUGGAGGUUAUCCACACUUGCUAUUGUGGGUUUUCUCAAUGUUAGUGAAGGAAACGUACUGGUGGACGGGGGCGUAGAAGAAGUUCCCACUAUAUCAAUGUUGCAAAGUAUUUAUCCUGAAACUACAAAAGCGAAACUUAUUAAACUUUCCGACGUAGUUUGGAAUACAAACUGGGAAGAUGAAUCUCGCUCUAGUUGGCAUAUAAAAAAACUUACUUCUAAAAUUUCGCGUUCCUCAGCGCAAUUGAAGUUAUUAAAACUCAAAAAUGGCAAAGUGGAACAUAUUGACUUAAGUUGUUAA